CACAUGAGUUUUUUCGUGACGUCGUAGCGCUGCUGGGCACCGUCGUUUCGAACAUGGCCGCGGCGGAAUGCGGAGCGGACGGCACCUCGGCGGACCUGUUGAAAACGCCGGUGUCGUCGGACGAGGCCGUCGGCGCGAACGAGAGGGAUAACAACUCCGGCGAUCCGUUGCAGACGCCGUGGACCUUCUGGCUCGACAAAGCCAUUCCCGGCACAACCACCGAGGAAUACAAAAAUAACCUGCAGAAGAUCUAUACCGUAAACACCAUACAAACUUUCUGGGCGGUCUUCAAUAACAUACCAAAUGCGGGGGCUAUGCAGGUCAAAUACAGUUACCAUUUAAUGAGAGACAACAGAUACCCUUUGUGGGAAGACAAACUGAAUCAAAAGGGCGGUACCUGGAGAUUAAAGUGCCAUAAAUAUGAUACCGAGCGCGUGUGGAAAGAGGUGGUGCUCGCAGCUAUCGGGGAACAGUUCGCCGACCAUCUGGCUCAGGACGACGAAAUUUGUGGGGUGACUGUGUCUAUUCGCGACCGGGAAGAUCUUAUUCAAAUUUGGAAUAUAAAUGCCGACCUAGUGUCAAAAGCCACGGUUCUACCCAAAGUUCACUCUCUGAUGCCUAACGUAAACUUCCUGGGCGAGUUUUACAAGUCUCACAAAUCCCAUCACGCGUACAACAGACGUUAAAUUUACGGCAACAUUGUGAUGAAGAGUAUAUUGAGUCGUUAAAUAUAUUAUAUAAGAUUGUGAGAGACAAUAAAACGAACAUAUGCGAUCUAUGACAAAUGUUCGCAUCGGGUAAUACGAACUAAAAAGGAAAACUCAGAGCACAAAGGAAUAUAUUGUAGGGAGAAGGAGAGAGUUGUCAUAUAAAUAUAUAUAUAAUGUGUUUUAAAAGUUUGUUACUUGUGAACUUUGUUUAAAUGCGCGUUCGACGCGCCGUUUACACGCCGGAUUCGAUGCUCGGAAUCGAAUUGCUGUUGUAACCAAUUUUACAAACGUGAAAUAUAUUUUUAUAUUUACUAUU